GGUGGUGUUGCUGGUAUUAGCCAAAGAGGGUUUCUCCCACAGAGAGCAGAGAGGAGAGGGAGAGAGAGAAGUGGGAGAGAAGACGAAUUUCUGAAAGCUGUUCAGAACACUGGAGAGAGAGAGAGAGAGAGAGAGAGAGAGAGUUGCAGAGUUCGGAAUUGAAGAUAAAAGUUAGGCCUUAUCUGUAAUUCUCUAGCCUUCUGACUUCAUCCGAUCCGUUUCCAUGGAUCCCUUCGAUUUGUUUCGGAAAGGUUUUGGUUGAGGCUAUAGAAAUUUGAGCAUUUCCCUACAGAUUUUCUUUUUUUCAAGUGCAUGUGAGCAUUCUAUUUUGUAUUAGCAAAUAAUGAAUGUGUCGAAGAAAGGAACGCAAACCAACGAGGCAAACCUAAGCAUUGGAAGCAAGGUGACAGCUUUGAAUCCGAAUGCUGCUGAGUUUAUUCCGUUCGCCCUCAGAGCACCUUCAGUUGGAAGUAGUAGUGUGCCAGAUUUGACUGAAAGAUUUUCGUCUUCUGGGACGUUAGGAAAAGCUGUUCUAGAUAGGACCGAGUCAUCUGUGUCUAAUAAUUCUGAUGACGAAUCUCGUCAAUUCUGGAGGCACCAGCUACCUGAUGAUAUCAUACCUGAUUUCAAGUCAAUGGGAGAAGAUGAGAACCUAUCUCUUGGAAAUAUUUCGUUGGCAGGCUUAUCGUUGCAUGAUGACAACGAAGCCCCUUUAUUCGCGGCUACUGUUGGCAGUGAAUAUUUGUUGAAUGAUCAGCAACAUUCAAAUCUAAAUCACUUUAAUGGAAAUCAAUUUGCUGAUAGGUUCAGAUUCUCGACUGCUUCGUAUGGAGAAGAUCCAUCUGCAGCUAGUCUUUUCCAAAUUUCGAAUAAACCUUGGCAGAAGCCAGUUCACAACAGUAAUGUACUGGUUAGCAAUGACCGGCACCUUCCUUAUCAUGGAAAUACUGUGAGGGGAUCAACCAUGGAAGUCUUGAGUGAGCAAACAACUAUGGAUGAAAGUGAUACUCUGAACCCUGUUGAUUUCUUGGCUUUACAGUUCCCUGGCUUUGCUGCCGAAAGCCUCGCAGAAGUUUACUUUGCCAAUGGAGGUGACUUAAACCUGACUGUUGAGAUGCUCACUCAAUUAGAGCUUCAAGUCGAUGGUGGGAUAAGUCAAAAUCUGAAUUCCAAGACAAUGUCUGCCCCCAAUCUUAGUGGAAUGGACUUUCCUGCACUUACAGUGUCAGGUGGUCAAAAUGGUCAUCCAAAAUUUGAUGGGGCUGAUCUUCAACAAAGCACCAGUCCUUAUCUUUCUUCUGAUAAGGACGACAUGCUUUUCUUCAAGCCGAGCACCUCCCCAUCUAGAGGUGCUAUUGAUUUUGCUUCCACUGUCAGGAAAUUAGCAUCUCAGGAUUCUGGUAUGUGGAAGUACAAUGGACACGGUUCUGCUGAUGACUCUAUUGGAUCAAGUAGAAGUUCUCAUAAUUUAGGCGGUAAGUACACUACUGGUGGUCAUGGGAAAGACACCUAUAGUGAAAGGUUGCUCCACCGGGGUUCAGCUCGGGCUGCACCCGUUUGGCUCGAAACAGGCGAAUCAGUUGGAAACAUGUAUUCUGAGCAGCGGGAGGAAGCACGUGAUCAUGCACGCCUUCGAAAUGCAUAUUUUGAGCAGGCACGGCAAGCAUACCUCAUUGGUAAUAAGGCUUUAGCAAAGGAGCUGAGUGUUAAGGGACAGUUUCAUAAUGUGCACAUGAAGGCAGCUCAUGGAAGGGCCCAAGAUUCUAUAUAUCGGCAGAGGAAUCAAAUUGGCGCAGACAACCAGGGAAAUGGAAGGGGACACGAACGCAUGAUCGACCUGCACGGGCUGCAUGUUAGCGAAGCGAUUCAUGUCCUGAAGCACGAGCUGAGUGUGCUGAGGGGUACUGCUCGGGCCGCUGGACAACGUCUGCAGGUUUAUAUUUGUGUUGGAACAGGACACCACACCCGCGGCUCCCGCACUCCUGCUAGACUUCCAGUGGCUGUACAGAGAUAUUUGAUCGAAGAAGAAGGCCUCGACUUCAGUGAGCCGCAACCGGGGCUGCUUAGAGUUGUGAUAUAUAAAAUGCUUUUGCGAGCCAAUCUCAAAGUGUCAUCCAUUUCCUCUCGUACGAGUUUCGCCUAUCCCCAAUUCUCCUCUCUGUCACCUUCGUCGUCGUCUUCUUCCUCUUCUCAAUGGUUCUCUCUUCUCCGCUCCGCCAUUGCCAAGGCCGACUUGAAGCUCGGGAAACGAGCUCAUGGAUGUAUCGUAACCUCCGGCGACCUUCCAGACCGGUUUCUGACCAACAAUCUCAUAACAAUGUAUUUCAAAUGUGGCUCUCUGUGUUCCGCUCGUCAGGUGUUUGAUAAAAGUUCCGACCGUGAUCUCGUUACAUGGAACUCCAUUUUGGCUGCCUACGCCCACUCUGCUGAUUCUAGUUUCGAGAAUGUACUCGAGGGCUUUCGCCUCUUUCGUCUUCUACGCGAGUCUGGUUUUUCAGCAACUCGACUUACAUUGGCGCCAUUGUUGAAGCUGUGUGUGCUGUCUGGCUUCAUCCAGGUAUCUGAGGCUAUUCAUGGAUACGCUGCUAAGAUCGGAUUGGAAUUGGACCUGUUUGUUUCAGGGGCUCUUGUGAAUAUAUACUGCAAAUAUGGCCUGGUUGGUGAAGCCCGCUUACUGUUCGACGAAAUGCCUGAAAGGGAUUCUGUGUUGUGGAAUGUAAUGCUCAAGGCUUAUGCUGAAAAUGGUUUAGAAGACGAAGCUCUUCAGUUCUUCUCCGAGCUUCAUCAAAGUGGGUUUCUUCCUGAUUUCUCAAGCGUGCAUCGCGUUCUCAGUGGUGGUAAGAAUGGUGUUUCUGAUCUCAGAAAGAGGUACAAGGAGCAGGUUAAGGCCUAUGCAACGAAGAUGUUUCGGUUCGAAGACGGUUCGGAUGUAUUUUCUUGGAACAAGAAGUUGUCUGGGUAUCUUCAAGCUGGCCACAAUUUAGCAGCCAUUGAUUGUUUCAAGAGCCUGUUGAGAUCAACAGUGGGAUAUGAUAGUAUAACAUUAGUCAUUGUUUUAUCUGCAGUUGUCGGCGCAGAUGAUCUCGACUUGGGCGAACAAAUUCACUCGCUUGUUAUAAAAACCGACUAUGAUUCAGUAGUUUCUGUUUCGAAUAGUCUCAUGAACAUGUACUCGAAGGCCGGGGUCGUUUAUGCUGCAGAAAAGAUGUUCAUCAACUCACCAAACUUGGAUCUAAUUUCGUGGAACACAAUGAUAUCGAGUUAUGCACAGAAUAAUCUCGAAAUGGAGGCGAUCUGCACGUUCAUAGAUUUAUUGCGCAAUGACAUGAGACCAGAUCAAUUUACCUUGGCAAGUGUUUUGAGAGCUUGCUCCACAGGUGAUGAAGGAGAGUAUUACACUCUCAGCUCACAGGUUCAUGGCUAUGUCAUAAAAUGUGGCGUUGUUAAUGACAGUUUUGUAUUAACAGCACUUAUCGACGUGUACUCGAAGAGCGGGAAAGUGGACGAGGCUGAGUUUCUGUUGCGUAACAAAUAUGAUUUUGAUUUGGCGUCUUGGAAUGCAUUGAUGUUUGGGUACAUCAAGAGUAACAAAAGUAGAAAGGCAUUGGAACUUUUGAGUUUGAUGCAUGAAAUGGGGCUGCUGAUUGAUGAAAUCACUCUGGCUACUGCCAUUAAAGCUUCUGGUUGCUUGAUCAAUUUGGAGGUAGGGAAACAAAUUCAAGCCUAUGCAAUCAAGCUAGGAUUCAACAAUGAUUUAUGGGUCAGUAGUGGUGUUUUGGAUAUGUACAUUAAGUGUGGAGACAUGCCAAAUGCUCUUGAAUUGUUUGGUGAAAUUAGCAGACCUGAUGAUGUUGCUUGGACAACUAUGAUCUCGGGAUACGUCGAUAAUGGCGACGAGGAUCGUGCUCUUGCUGUGUACCAUUUAAUGAGGGUGUCUGGAGUUCAACCCGAUGAAUAUACCUUAGCUACCCUUGUCAAAGCGAGUUCUUGUCUAACCGCUCUCGAACAAGGGAAACAGAUUCAUGCUAACGUGAUUAAGCUCAAUUAUUCUUUCGACCAUUUUGUUGGUACUUCCCUAGUCGACAUGUAUUGCAAAUGUGGAAGCGUUCGAGACGCCUAUCGUAUAUUUGGGAUGAUGGAUGUCGGGAAAGUUGCCUUCUGGAAUGCCAUGUUAUUAGGCUUAGCCCAACAUGGCAAUGCUGAUGAAGCUUUGAAUCUUUUCAAAAGUAUGCAAUCAAGUGGUAUUCAACCUGACAAAGUUACUUUCAUUGGAGUUCUCUCUGCUUGUAGCCAUUCUGGUUUGUUCUCUGAAGCCUACAAAUACUUCGACGCAAUGCUCGAAACAUAUGGGAUCGUACCUGAGAUCGAGCAUUACUCGUGUCUGGUGGAUGCGCUUGGUCGGGCAGGACGCAUUCGAGAGGCCGAACGCGUGAUAGCAUCGAUGCCAUUCGAAGCUUCUGCCUCGAUGUAUAGGGCGUUGCUUGGUGCUUGCAGGACUAAAGGAGAUACGGAAACAGCAAAACGUGUUGCUGAUAAACUCCUAGCCUUGGAUCCAUCCGAUCCCUCAGCUUAUGUCCUCUUAUCAAACAUUUAUGCUGCUUCCAGACAAUGGGAUGAUGUUACUGAUGCUAGAAACAUGAUGAAGCUGAAGAAUGUUAAGAAGGACCCGGGUUUUAGCUGGAUCGACGUGAAAAAUAAAGUGCAUUUGUUCGUGGUUGACGAUAGAUCACACCCGCAAGCUGAUUUGAUAUACGAGAAAGUUGAGGAUCUUAUGGAAAGAAUACGAGAGGAAGGAUCUUACGUCCCAGACACCGAUUUUAUGUUGCUUGACGUUGAAGAAGAGGAAAAAGAACGUGCACUGUACUAUCAUAGUGAGAAACUUGCAUUAGCUUUCGGGCUAAUAAGCAUGCCUCCCACGGCAACUAUUCGUGUGAUAAAGAACUUAAGGGUUUGUGGUGAUUGUCAUAGUGCUAUAAAGUGCAUAUCGAAGCUCACCCAGAGGGAGAUCGUUCUAAGAGAUGCAAACAGAUUCCAUCACUUUAGGAAUGGAAUUUGUUCGUGUGGCGAUUACUGGUAGUAUCGAUUAUCAAGUUCAAA